AUGGCAGACCCAAGCGGAGUUCUUGGACUUGUCAACCUUACAGAUUACGAGGUUGCACACCGCCAUGCUGAUCACGUCUGGGAUGAAGCACUCUGCAAACGCAGAAUGGAAGGAUACCCAGUACUCGCUGCCCAAAUCUAUCAGCAAUUGCAACAGUUUCUAAUGGACCAACUGAGUGCACAGCAAAGAACUGAGCUUCAUCCGGAGGGCUGGAUGACUCUGCAUUUGAAGCAGAUGAGGGAAUUGCAAGCGGAGAUGAAAAACCUGAUGGCGAAGGGGUUUGACAUAGCCUUGGAGUACCAGCGACGCAGAAAUGAAGCCGGGGUUUCAGUCAUCGAGCGACCUCACUACUACAUCGACAUAACGAGACCGGCAGCCUUGCUUGCGAUUCAGAGAAACUACGAUGUUCGGAGAGAGGCUGUUCACUUAGCAACUACGACUUAUGGUUACGGUAACCAGGAGAUCCAAGAGUUUCGAAGUCGGCCAGGAAGAUGCUUUUACCGCGGCAGUUCCGAGAUAACUCAAGCAUUGAGCGAAGAGGCAGAGAUACAGGAACUCCAGGCACUUAGUGUGCUUGAGAUCAGUACUGAUCAUUGGCUCUCGGAAUCCGUUGCAAUAGUCACAAAUCGAACACGGGAGGGGCGCUCACUGUCCACUGAUGACACGAAUAAGGAUUGGGCUUUCCUGUGGCUACAUGAUGGGCUUUUUGUGAAGGAGGAUGCUGCGAAUACCAUCAGCGCUGGUCGGUCUGUAGGCGGGACGAUUCUGGACCUCGAGAAUCAGUACUACGCGAUCCAGGAGAUGACGAGUCGGCCCCUCGCACGUCGACAUGCAUUGGAUUACAAGGACUUUCCGGGUAUGGCAAUGAUGCAACAAUACACCACAAGACGAGAUGCACCCGAUGCUCUCUCGCAGCAACAAUACUGA